AUGGCCACCACUACCCCACUCACCGGGGGCUGCUUAUGCCAGAAGAUCACCUACCGUGUGGAUCUUCCCCCCACCGAACCCGCCCCCAAGAUCAUCCUCUGCCACUGCACCAGCUGCAAGCGCUACACCGGCUCCGCCUUCUCCUCCAACCUCAUCGUCCCCGCGGCCGCCCUGGUCUUCACCACCGGCACCCCCAAGCUGUACCUCGGCCACAGCGACCGCGGACCCCCCGUGCGCCGGCAAUUCUGCGCGGACUGCGGCACCCCCUUCACCUCGCAGCCGGGAGACAACGAGGAGAUCAUCAUCCUCAAGACGGGGACGUUGGACGAGGCGAGUCGCGUGCGCUGCGGGGAGGUGGGACUGGCGAUCUGGGGGCGGAGUAAGGACGCGUGGCUGGACCAGAUUGGCCGUGUGCGGUGCUUGGAGACGAGUAUGGGGUAG